GCUCGAGGCCCCGCCCCAUCCGGGUCAUCGCCCCGCCCCCGGAGCCGUCCCCCUCGCCGCUCUCACGUGGCGCAGCCGCGGGGACAUGGCGUGUGUGGUGGGCGUCCGCAGAGACACGUUGAGCACGAUGACACAGUUCAUGACGAUGAUCGUGGCAACCACCAUGACGAAGAUGAGGUACCUGCAGAGCCCGCGGCGUGUGACCUCACAAACGACCGGCCUCGCUGGCGAGUCUGCUCCUCCCCAGCGGGGCCAGACGCCCGCGGCUCGGUGCUCCCUCUUCCGCCGGCAACCAUGAAGGGGACCCCCAGCUCCCUGGAAACCCUGCUGUGGGUGUACCACUUCCACAGCUCUACGGAGGUGGCCCUGCAGCCCCCGCUGCUGUCCUCCCUGGAGCUCGCCGUGGCCUCAGCCCACGAGUAUCUGGAGCAGAGGUUCCAAGAGCUUGAUUCCCACCGGGAGCCGCAGGGGCCGCCCGCCCCGACGCCCACCCUGAGGCUGGUGCUCAGAGAGGCCGCGGCCAGCGUCGUGAGCUUCGGCGCCACCUUGUGUGAGAUCUCAGCCCUGUGGCUGCAGCAGGAGGCGCGGCGACUGGACGGCGGCGCCGGCAGUCCGGGCCCAGCCCCGGGCGCGGGGGACCCGGGCGCAGCGCUGAGCCGGCUAGCCCAGGCCGCGGGGCACCGGGUGCGGCAGGCGGGGGCCGCGGUGGGCGCCAGCGCCCGGCUGGUGCUGCAGGGGGCGUGGCUGUGCCUGUGCGGGCGGGGCCUGCGGGGGUCCUCCUCCUUCCUGCAGCACCGGCGGCGCCCGCUGGGCCUCGCGACCGAGGGAGGACCGAGAUACUCAGGAGGCCUCGAGGUGGCGUCCAGCUGCAGCGCGGAGGACGGGGGACCCGAGCACCCACCGCCGCCCCAGUCCCGCCCCACGCUCAAAUAAAGCCCAGGAGGGCGCGGACCCCCCCGAGCUGCUCCCGGUGUCGCCUGCCCGGCUCCCCUCGCGUGCUCCUGACUCCGCCUCCAUGUUUGCCUGGCCCCGCCCCCGCCCCCGCGCCCUCCCCGGGUUGCCCCGGGACCCUCUGCCGUCACCUGCCCAGCAUCGGCACGCUCAGCGACGUCUCGGGGAUUUUCUGAGCGAUCAGGAACAGGAAGACGGUCUGGGCGAGUAGGACGUUGAUGGAAACGGUGCACUUCUGGCCGCCGGCUGGAGGGAGCGCCCGGUGAGAGCCGCCCCGCCAGCAGCGAGCCGGGCUCAGGGUCCCGCGGCCCCUUACCCUGCGCGGGCAGGAAGUAGGCGAGCAGCACCAGGCCCGAGAUGAGCACGCAGGGCACGAUGAUGUUGAUGACGUAGAAGAGCGGCUUCCGGCGGAUGAUGAGCGUGUAGAUGACGUCGACGACCCCCGGGUCCCCAGCGGAGGCUCCGUUGGGGCGACGGAUCAGCCCGGGGCAGAAGUCGAUGGCCCACUCGCCGUUCUCUGCGGGGCGGGAAGGGGUGGGAGGGACGGGGCCCGGGACGGUCGGGAGUGCUUUCGAGCAGGGCGGCGGCCGCGUCCACCCUGCUCUCCACGGUCUGCGGUCGCCCCAGCUGGCCAGUACCCCACCCCCACCCCGGGCCCGUGCAGGGGCGGGUUUUCGGAGCAGAGGGGGCCUCACCCGUGUAGGCCUCGGUGUCGAUGUCGAUUUUGCUGAUGGUCUCGCCGUCGUCGUCCACGGCGAAGACGAAGUCCACCUCCUCGGCAUUGUACGUCUGCGAGCUGCGGAGCCAGGGCCCGGCGCCCCCCCCCAGGAGCUCGGAGGCGGGACCCCCACAUCCCAUUCCCGGGCGGCCCCGCCCCGCCCCCUGCCCCCUGCCCUCCUGCCCACCGCCCCCCAGCCCCUUCCCUGCCCCCCGCCCCUGAGCAGCUUGUCCCACCGGAAGACCAGCGAGCAGUUCUGCCAGUCGAAGGGGAAGUAGGUGACCUCCACGGCGCAGGUGCUGCGGUAGAUGGCGGGGGGCAGCCAGCUCACGUAGCCGCCCUCGUAGAUCAGCACGUUGGCGUCGUAGGCCACGCCGAACUGGCCGUCAAUGCUGUGGGCGCCGCGAGAGAGCCGGCGUCUGCCCGGGCCCAACCCCGGCCCCGCCCGCCAGGUGCAGGGCCGCGGCCUCACUUGUUCUCCAGCACAAUCUCCGGGAGCCAUACGAGCUCCGAAGGGACCCGCAAGGUCUCCACGCCCCCGAAGUCGUCCUUGCUGUAGUUGAGUCGGUAAUCCUGCCAGUCCUAGGGGUGGGGAUGGCCGGCAGUGCCCUGCGUCUCCACCUGGCGCCCGCAGGAGUUGGGGAGACCUGGGCAGGACCCCCACUCGGCUCCCCGGCUCUCACUCACGAUUCCAAUCCAGACGCUGGUGGUCAGGGUCUCCUCCUUCUCGUUCUGGAGACGAGCCGGAGUCAGGGUGGUGGAGGUCGGAACUAGCCCCCAGGACGGUGGGUGCGGGUGGGGGCAUCUUACCAGGGAGAUAAGGUUGGUCAGGGUGACCUUGAGGGUGAUGGUGACCGUGUCUUCAGGCUCCUUCACGGGCCGGCUUCCUGGGUCAUAGUUGUCGAAGAGAUGGUGGUACAGAUGCAGCUCCUCGUUCUUGGCCUCAGCUCCACCUGCUGAUGGUGUCAGCCAGAGACGUCCUGGCUGCUCCCGGAGGCAGCUGCCCCGUCCCAGCAUCCUCUGCCUCCUGCUGGCCGUCGCCCCGGCCCGGCCUGACCCUCUGGGGACUGGAGCCAACCCUGCAGCCCAGCUAAGGUCACGGCCUGCGGCUGCUGCCCACAGACUUCGGCAGUCUCCUCCACGAAGGCCUGCGGCUGAGAGAGGCGGCUGCAGGGCACAACUGGCACCUAGCAAAGGAGGCCGUGCGGCGUGGGGGCCGCCCCCUUCCACAGGCCGAGCCCAGGUGAGCUCACCUCCCGCACCUGCCGCCCACGCCCGGUUCUCCUGGCCUCUCUGCUGCCACCUUGUGGCCAAACGUGGUGAUGCUGCCUUCGAGCUGAGCGCCCUCGAACUGGUGGUUCAAGUUUUAACACUAGUCUCCUUGAGGGAUGCCUGGGUGGCUCAGCGGCUGAACGCCUGCCUUGGGCUCAAAGAGCGACCCCGGGGUCCUGGCAUCAAGUCCCGCAUCGGGCUCCCCGCGGGGAGCCUGCUUCUCCCUCUGCCUGUGUCUCUGUCUCUCUCAUGAAAAAAUAAAAUCUUUAAAAAUAAAGUCUUCUUGGGCCACCCGCCUUGACCAUC